UAAAGGGAAAUCCUUGAUUACAUAUUUGAUUUAAUAUCAAAUGCAACUUAUAAUCUAUUUUUUAGAGAAGUACGCAUUAUAAAGGAAGAAUUCUAGCUUAAAAUGGUUCAAACCAUGUUGCAGAAUAAUCAGUGUGUGGAGAACAUACAUCCUCCAGCGCAACUGACAGUGAUUCUUCCGUCUAAUUUGGAUCCUAAUAUACCACCGACGUACAUUGAUAUGAAUGUUUCAGAUAUUCCACCUCCUCAAGCAGAUUUCUUAGCUCCACCACCAUAUGAUGUGGCCGCUAACUCGAAGCUACCAACAUAUGAGGAAGUACAGCGUGAGAAACAGAUGGCAGGCGAAAGGCCAAUGGGUCAAGUUCCGUCUCACCAGCCGACGUUUACCGCCUUCGUGACGGUGGAGACUGCCGACCCUGGAACAGAGCCGCUAGACCACGAGAACAGCCUUCUGGGCACUGACGUCAUGUUCAUGACCUCGUUUCUCGUCGCGUUCUUGUUCAACUGGAUCGGUUUCCUGUUGCUGAUGUGCUUCUGUCACACGGUCGCGAGCCGCUACGGAGCCCUGGCCGGCUUCGGGCUGUCCCUCGCCAAGUGGACUCUCAUCGUGAAGCAGUCUACCGAUCUAGCCUCGCACGAUAACUCGUGGCUGUGGUGGCUAAUCAUGGCUUUUGGUAUACUAAUCUGUCUGCGCGCCAUAAUCCAGUACUUGAACAUCAAGCGCGGCUGGCGUCUGCUCUCCGGCACGGCUCAAGAGCGACUGUUGUUCUUCUACUGAGCGGAAUGUUCGUCUACCCGCACGAACGUUGGCCGCCGGGUCACCGACAAGUACGUCACACUUGUCUCUAAGUAGGUUGUUGACUAUUUAUUACUAACAAGAAAAAAAAAAUCAGGACCGAUUGCAAAAAAAGUUUUUUUUUUAAUAUUUUUUUUUUUGUAAAAUAAAAUCUAGUCCUCUCUUUGUAUGGUGUAUAAAUCUUUUGAAAUUCUACAUAAAUGUGCGCUUUGCAAGUUAUUGUCGCUGUGUUGUAUUAUUUGAUAGAUAAUUAAAAUGGCGUAAAUAUUUCGUGUUCCACAUCGGUUUUUAUUUUACCGUUUAUGUGCUUCGGAUGCCGGGAUAACUUUUUUUUUUAUUGCCCUUGUAGGCAGACGAGCAUACGACCUACCUGAUGGUGAACGGUUACCGUUGCCCAUGGACUUCAGCAAUGCCAG